AUGGUUCGAUUUCCGUUCCUCGUCUUUUCGAAUCACCUCAGGUGGCUUUUGCUGAUGUCCUUUAUCACAAGCGUAUCUUCUUCGAGCGCAUUCAAUUGUUCCAACGACAAUGUUUUGGCGCAGCAGCCUUCUUCAAUCACGCAACGAGUCAAUGAUAAUGGAUGUGCUUGCUUCAGUGAGGGUGACGAACUACGAAGUGCUGUAAAGCAGUUUAUUGAUGACGGUUGUAAUGACAACAAAAAUUGCAACAACACCAUCGUGCAAAAGUACGGAUGGCCUAUGGGGUCAUGGUGUGUUUCUUCCGUAACAGAUAUGACUUAUUUGUUCUACAAUGAAAGAUCCUUCAACGAUGACAUUUCAUUAUGGGACGUUUCUGGUGUCAGUGUCACAAAUAGAAUGUUCGAGCAAGCAUCUGUGUUCAAUCAAGACUUGUCAGGAUGGGAUGUUUCUUCUGUGACCAUGAUGAUUGGCACGUUCUGCGGUGCAUCAUCCUUCAACCAAGACUUGUCAUCAUGGAAUGUUUCUUCUGUUACUACCACGGCAGAAAUGUUCCGCAAUGCAUCAUCCUUCAACCAAGACUUGUCAUCGUGGGAUGUUUCUGCUGUCACCUUCAUGACUUGGAUGUUUCGCGAUGCAUCGUCCUUCAACCAAGACUUGUCACCGUGGGAUGUUUCUUCUGUCGUUUUUAUGGAUGCUAUGUUUUGCGAUGCAUCAUCCUUUAACCAAGAUUUGUCAUCAUGGGACGUUUCUGCUGUACAUUCCAUGUCGAGUAUGUUCCGCGAUGCAUCAUCCUUCAACCAAGACUUGUCAUCAUGGAAUGUUUCUUCUGUCACCACCACGGAAGAAAUGUUCCGCAAUGCAUCAUCCUUCAACCAAGACUUGUCAUCGUGGAAUGUUUCUUCUGUCACUUCUAUGUCCAGUAUGUUCCGCGAUGCAUCAACCUUCAACCAAGAUUUGUCAUCAUGGGAUGUUUCUACUGUCACAAUUAUGAAAGAAAUGUUCCGCGACGCAUCAUCCUUCAAUCAAGACUUGUCGUUGUGGGACGUUUCUUCUGUCUUCAGGACGGAUGCAAUGUUCAAAGAUGCAUCUUCCUUCAAUCAAGACUUGUCGUCCUGGGAUAUUUCGAGAUUGGCUAAUGCGGGGAGAAUGUUUGAGGGAGCUGCUGCUUUUGAUAACUCUACCGUGUGCCAAUGGAGUGAUGCUUGGAAAGAUCUUUUUGACUGCGAUGAAGAAGACAAAAGUCAAAACAGUCUUCCCAUGACUGAAGCAAUUCUCGGUUUCAUUGGAGGCAUUGGAAUUUGUAUUCUGUGCGCUUGCGAGAGCCGAAGACGCCAAUCUUCUCGACUCCAAGAAGUUCAACAAACCAUGGCGAUGAGACGACAACAGCUGCGUGACAACAAUGCAAGUAGUCAAGGGUUGACAGAGGAGGUACAAAAACAUGCCCGUUACGAGAAGUUUGUCGCAAAGUUUUAUUUUCAAACCGUCUUGCCAGACAAAUCCAACAUCACUGCAAAUAGUGUAAGGAGUUUGGCACCCAAGUUUGACGUCGAGCACCCAUCUGCUUCACAUGAUGAAGUGGCAUCAGUAAUCAGAGAAAGGCAAGGCUCUUUGUCUCAAGGUCUAUCUAGUUGGAGAAAGCCAUCCACAAAGGAUGAAUGUUGUAUAUGCCUGGAGUGUUAUGCUGUCGGAGAAACCAUCUGUGCUCCAAUCACAACGGAAUGCAACCAUGUGUUUCACGACGGAUGCAUAAAUGAGUGGCUGAAGAAGAAUGAUAAGUGCCCACUGUGUAGAGUAGAACUACUAAAAGAUUAG